AUGAAUGGAAAUACAGACAGGACCCCUCUAUUGUCCAGUAACAUAAAUGAAAACCCAUAUAAACAUAUUGACAAUGCCCAUGAAGGUAUUAAUGAUAACAUUAACGAUUCCACAAUUCGCCAGGAGGGAAAGAUAGACAAGAAAAGUAGGUCCAAUGCUUCAUCAAAAAUAGGGCUCCAAAGAACGAGUAGAACUUCGCAGAAGAUGAAACUUCUACCCGAAGAACCGCUAUUAAAGGAUGCUAGCUCUAAGAGGCUGGUGACUUCUGAAAGUAAUAAAAUAUAUACCCAAGUUGAAAGAAUUACUGAUGUUCCGGCCAGAAAAGAUGCUGAAACCUUGGGAAAAGUGCACAGAGAUUUGUUACCAAGAGUUACAGCAUACUGUACAUCCGGCUCAUACCGAAUGAAAGAUUUGAUGAGAUGGUUGAAAGAUAGAAAAAGAAUUCACAACACUAAUGUUAAGUUGUUUGACGAUGUCCUAUAUACCCCGUUUACUUAUAAAGAUUGGAGGAGUGAAACAGAUGAUCAAGAUAAAACCAUAAGAUUAGCUGAUGAAGGUGGUGAAAUAGAUUUUGGGAAGCGUAACGAGAUCUUCAUUUUUGAAUAUGGGGUGGUUGUUAUGUGGGGUUAUUCGAUAAGAGAAGAACAGUCAUUUCUAAUUGAUAUAUCUAAUUUUGAGAAUGAGAAGCUAAGUAACGAAGAUAUACAGGUGGAGGAGUUCAACUACUAUAUCACAAAAUCAUACCAACCAAGAAUUUAUAAUGAUUUCAUCACGAUUAGUGACGAUUCUAACUAUAUGUUGAAGCUAAGUAUCAGUCAUGCUAUCAGUCAAUCAGUCAAGAUAUCUUUAUUUGAAGAAUUGGUAAACAACACAAUAGAGGAUACUCAAGAUAUUCCUCAACAGAUUGCAACCACCGGUAAAGUGGAGAUGAACAGAAAUGAAAUUAUGAAAUCUAUUGGUGAAUUGUUUAUCUUGAGAAUCAAUAUAAAUUUACAUGGUUCUGUGCUAGAUUCACCCGAAUUGAUGUGGGUCGAGCCGCAAUUGGAACCAAUUUAUCAAGCAGUAAGGGGGUAUUUGGAAAUAAACGAGAGGGUAGAGCUAUUGAACCAAAGGUUGGAGGUAAUUAGUGACUUGUUGCAAAUGUUGAAGGAACAGUUAGGUCAGACUCACGAAAAGAAUCUAGAAUACAUUGUGAUCAUAUUAGUUGGUAUCGAAGUUCUUGUGAGUGCAAUCAAUAUUAUAGUAGAUCUAUUCACUUACUGA